UUGGCGAGUUCCAUCAUGCUUUGCGCACAUCAUUCUUGUCAAAUUGUCUUCGAUUUGCCGGGUCCAAUGGCGAACAAUUCUGAUCAUUGGUACUUUUCCAAAGAAAAAAUCAGAAAUUCACCUUCUGUUAAAGAUGGAAUUGAUUAUGCUAAGGAACUGGGUUACAGGCAACAAUGUGCAAAUCUGAUUCAAGACAUUGGGCAAAGACUUCAAGUAAAUCAACUGGUUAUCAAUACUGCUAUUGUUUAUAUGCAUCGCUUCUACAUGUUUCAUUCAUUCAACACCUUUCAUAGAAAUGUUAUGGCAUCAUGUUUCCUGUUUCUGGCUGCAAAAGUAGAAGAACAACCAAGAAAGCUGGAGCAUAUUUUAAAGGGUUCUCAUGUUUGUUUACAUAAAGAUGAACCACCUCUUGACACAAAAAGUGAUGAGUACAUGCAAAUAUCCACUGAGCUUGUCAACAAUGAAAGUAUACUGUUGCAAACAUUAGGUUUCGAAGUGUCUGUAGAUCAUCCAAACACAUUUGUAGUUAAGUGUGCACAACUAGUAAAAGCUAGCAAAGAACUUGCACAGACAGCUUACUUCCUUGCUACUAACAGUUUGCACCUAACCACGUUCUGCAUACAAUACAAACCCACUCUAGUGGCUUGUGUUUGUAUAUAUGUCUCCUGUUUGUGGGCUAACUAUGUUAUUCCAGAAACAGGUGGGAAAAAUUGGUAUGAAUUUAUAGAUCACACAUGCACAAAGAAACAGCUGGAAGAUUUAAGCUCUUAUUUCAUAAAAAUACUGGAUUCCUGUCCAACUCGUUUAAAGAAGAGAUUAACAUCUGGCGGUGCUGUUGUGUAUAAGGAAGGUAAGGUGGUUGCAAAAAAAGACUCUUCUGGUUCAAAAACAAAUUCGUCAUCACAAGAUAGUACUAAAACGCAGUCACUUGCUGUAAACAAACAACAUGAAACUAGUAAGCCAGUAUCAACAAAAAACCAUCUAACAGGACUUUUAAAACCGCACUCACACGAGGCAACGCCUCCACCGAGUAGUCGAGCACACAGUAAUCACAAUAACCAUCAUAAAAAAACACAUCACCAUGAUUUGCAUAAAAAAGGUGUUGCUCCAUCUGCCAGUGUACGAACUAAUGAUCACAGAAAAGUCGCUUCAACGUCGGAUGACAAACAUCAACAGAGAGUAAAAGAAGGUAGUAACCAUCCAGGACAUCAUCAGCAAAAAACUGCUGAGCAACUUAAAAUUGAGCAAAGAAAAAAAUGGACGCCAGAACAAUGGGAAGAGUAUAAAAGGCGAAAGGAGAAAGAGAAAAUGUUACACUACCAACGAAAGAAAGCUUCGGAAAGUAACGGUAAGGAUGUAAAAACAGAAAAGACGGAUUUUAAAAUUCCGCAGCCACGAAGUCAUAAAAAUACAAAUUCUUUACCCGGUGAGAGUCCUUUAAAACGACAAAAACUUGACGGUGAUCGGGUUAAAGGUACUUUACUGAACGAAGAUCUAUCCAGAAGUAGCGCAGAGCUGCAUCGUAAACACAAGGAUCGAGCUGCGCAGAAAUACAACAGGUCUUUGUUGUCAUCUUCAGGUUCUGAUUCAGACUCCACGCACGAGUCUCGCAGUUAUCAAAAUCAUCAUUUACCAGAUCCCGUGAAACUAAAAUUAAAUUCUACUGAGACUUCUGUAGCGCCGCCACCUCCGCCAUCUUCGACGGGAAACAAUCUAGCAGAUGCGAAAUAUUCUUCUUCCAAACUAAAUGCGCCACGUUAUGGAAAUAAGCAGCGGAUUUCACCACCGCCGCCUCCGCCACCGGUAGUGUCCAAUAUUUUUUAGCCAGUUUUACAGGAAAAUAAGAAGAAUAUAUUAUAUUUGAUUAAGUUUUAAAA